AAGUGGAACCUAAAAUUUUUCAUUUUAUUUUUCUAAGUAGAAUUUUAUAUACAAGUAGAAAAAUAUCAUGAAAACUGAGGAUUAUGGAUUUAGAAAAUAUCUAUAGAUGGAUACUAGCUUUCUCGUCCUUUUAUGGUUAUGAGACAACAGUUUAUAUAAGAGGAAUUAUUGAUUCAACCAUUACAUUAAACUGUUCUCUACGGGGACUUUCAACUGAACACAGUAUAAUUUGGAAGGGACCUCCUAAUGAAACCAACUAUUGCAUUCAGAACCAUCUCUAUUUAAAUAACAUCCCGAAAUACUUGAAACCGAGGUUGAAAAUAGUUGGAAACUUUAACAAAGGAUUUUACAAUCUUCAGAUCAAAGACCUACAUUUAUCUGACGAAGGGUUUUACAUGUGUCAUCAAUUUCGAUCUAAGCACAAUGAAUACUUCUAUUUAGAUGUAAUUGGAUUAAAUGUAACAGUCUCCAAGCCAUCAUAUGUAGGUGAGAUUGGAAGUUCUAUAACCUUGGGUUGUAGCAUAACAUCUAAAUCCAACGACAUCAGUGAGGUCCGCUGGUAUUUUUAUUCUAGCGGAAAAUAUCAUCUACUAGAACCUUCAUCUAACACAGGAAAGUACAGUAAACCUACACCAGAGAAUCCAUCACUAACAAUUGAAAAAUUGGAUUUAAACGAUGUUGGACCUUACAUUUGCUCUGCAACUAAUGGAGACGGGUUAAAUGUUAAUAGCACUGCAACACAUUUAUCACUUCUCGAUUCUAAAGAGAACAGGAAGGUUGUCUUUAUAUUAGGUUUAAUAUGUUGUCUUCUUGUAUUGUUGGUUGUAACUGGACUUGUUCUGAGGAAGAAUAAACCAAUGUUGUUUUUGCAAAUAGCAUAUACAUUUCAAAAGGCUGAAGAUGAUGAUUCAAAAUUAUGGGACGCAUUUAUAUCAUUCAAGUCACAAGACGUAGACCACCAGUUUGUAUCCAGUAAACUUUACAUGAAGUUGGAAACACAGUUGGGUUAUAAAUUGUGCAUUCACCAUAAAGACUUUUUACCAGGAAAAGCAAUUGCUAACAACAUAGUGGAUUCCAUUGCUAACAGCCGUCGUACUAUACUGAUAAUAAGCAGGGAGUAUCUUCAAGGAGGGUAUACCACUUUUGAAUUGGAAAUGGCUCAUGCUGAAAUGAUUGCUACUAAAUCAAAGCACAAGAUCAUUCCAAUAUUACUAGACAAAUAUGACAAUUUACAAGGUUCAAUGGACGAUACUUUAAAACACAUAAUCCAAUCCGUCACUUACAUUACGUGGCCAGGAGAAACCAGUCAAAGGGAUGUUAAAUCUUUUUGGAAAAGACUUGAACUUUCUAUGCCAAAGAGAUCACGUAAACUUCGCAUCACAAGCGAUGAAACUACUCCAUUGUUAAAAAGUAACUUGCUUGAAUCAUCUGCAUAAGAUUUCUCUACACAUGACAGUUGUAUUAAACAUAUAAUGUAGAUUCAUUAAUUUUCGUGGGUAUCGAUUUUCGUGGAUUGAGGAAACUUGCAUUUUCGUGGAUAUUUGAUUUCUUGGUUUUGCCAAUCUCUGCAUACAAAGCCUAUAGAAAAUUUGUAAUUCGUUGAACAUUUAAAUUCGUGGUUCACCUGUUCCCACGAAAAUUGGUAUCCAACGGAUAAUGAUGAAUCCACAGUAAUGAAACAAAUAAUAAAAUUUUCCGGGCAACCGUUUAUCCAUGUUUCAGAAGACUUAAUUGGGAAGUUGUGAACAUUUAUCCCUAUUAUUUGUAACAGUUAAUAAUUUUCAGAAAUUUCAGAAAUUGGUAGAAAGAUGAUAGCUGCCCUUUGAUUAUAUGUUUAACAACACAUGAUAUACCAAGACUAAUAAAAAUUAGAAGGGAGUUGUUUGAUAGAG